GACGCGUCGACGUUACUUCAGCGUCGUGUUUUCGUUGUAAUUACAAUCGGCGCCGACUUUUUUUGAGAUGGGGCUGCGUUGUUUGCUGGUGUCAUUUCUUUUGCUGGGGUGCGGCGCCCUUGCCAGAGACGCGGGCGUCCGAAAACCAGCAACGCCGAAUAAACCUCAAUAUAUUUCAGGGGGUUCGUGCGAAAUAAACGUAAAAAAAGACUUGCCACGAAACCAGCCGCUGUUUUUGAGCGUCGCCGGUCGCUUCGUAUUGCCCGAUGCGCAGGGCGUGUUGCACCUGCAGCCAGGGCAGUUCGUCAGUCUCUCUUGUCCCGGCAAGGACAACACCCUGGCCAAGCUGGGGGCCAAGGAGGCGGUCGUUUCCUGCGGAGGCGGCAACGAAAUGAACGUUUCGCCGGACAAGCGCCUUCCGAUCAAGGACCUCGACUGCGCCUCGCUCGUGCAACACUCGGCGCGCAAAAACGACAAAGAAAAAUGCGAGGUGCCUGGAAAUUACCAGGUGAUAGACGUGGGCUUUGAACUUGCAAACGGCACCUUAAUCCCCGUGCUGAAAACGUGUUUCGACGCCGUCAACAAAGACGCAAUCUACGCCCGAUUCAAAAUGAGCCCCUCAAUCGGCGGCGCCCAAAUCGGUGAGCAGCGACCCCUGUUUGUCGAAGGUCCCUUCUACCCUGACAUCAGCGUCAACAGCAAGUACGUGAAGGAGGGUCAAAGGGCGACCUUGGCCCAACUCCUCGGCUCGCAGGAAUUGGCCAACAAGUACAUAGGCGCGGGCGACUAUUACCUGGCGAGAGGCCACCUGGCCGCCAGGGCCGAUUUCGUCUUCUCGUCGCACCAAAGGGCCACUUUCUGGUACGUCAACGUGGCCCCCCAGUGGCAGACGUUCAACGGUGGCAACUGGAACACCCUGGAGGACAACGUCAGAAAAUUUGCGUCGAGAAAGGGUGGCCACGAACUGGUCGUCUACACUGGGACGCACGGAAUCGCAACCCUUCCGGACGCUAAAGGUCGAGAGACACCUUUGUUCCUCUCUGUUGACGGAUCCAGCGCAAAAAUUAAGGUGCCCGAGUUGUUUUGGAAAGUGGUCGUGGAACCAUCGACGGGACUGGGUAUCGCUUUCGUCGGAGUCAACAACCCCUACAAAAGCUCCGUCUCAAAACUGUGUGACGACGUCUGCGACCAGAUCGACUGGCUCACUUGGCAGCCGAAAAAUCAGAAGCUCGGCUUCAGUUAUUGCUGCGAGGUGAAGGACUUGCAAAAGUCCAUUCCGACUAUUCCCAGUUUAAGAAUCUCGGGACUUCUAGUCUGACGAUUGAAAGAAAAUUAAUUUAAAACCAGUCUCGACCAGUCCUUUGGAAAAGGCAAGAAUUAAUUUAAAUAAAUUUCUUUGACCAAUGUGUGGUUUAAACCGCAAACCAUUCUAUAUAUCCAGGAUGUGGAUACCCAUUUUGUUUAUGUUUAGGUUUUUGACCUCUAUUCUUUAAUAGAAAACCACAUCGAUGUUUUGAUAUUGUGGUUUUCACUUACUGUGAAAUGGUAAUUAAAAAUUUUAGGAAUUUUUUUCGCCUCAUCUUGAUUUUAUAAAAAUUAAUUAAAUUUUUAAGCUAAUUAAAUUAUUCAAAGAUAUAAAAAAACCAAUGUGCCAAAAACUUUUACCCGUAUUUAUUGAUAAAUUUUAUUUGA